CCAGGUGCACUCCAAAUUAAAACCAGCGAUGAAAAGGACCACGGAAAAUUCGAAUGUGUAGCUGAAAACGCCAUUGGCACAGACCAUUCGAAGUUCGCGAUACUUUACGUUAAAGUGCGCCGUGUUCCACCGUCAUUCUCUAUCCCUCCCCCACCGAUCAGCGAAAUUAAAUUAGGCGACGAUCUCAAUUUGACAUGCGUGGCUGUAGGAUCUCCGAUGCCCUUCGUUAAAUGGAAAAAGGGAGCCACCGAAGAGCUCACGCCGGAAGAAAAAUUACCUAUUGGCAAAAACACUUUAGAAUUAAAGAAAAUUGAGGUUUCGGCUAAUUAUACAUGUAUCGCGGCCAGCCAUUUGGGGAUUGUUGCAUCUGCAGCUCAGGUUAAAGUUCAAUCAUUACCGGGACCACCCACAAACGUACAAGUAUCAGAAAUCAGUGCAACUUCAGUGAGACUUACCUGGUCUUUUACCGGGCCAGAAGAUCUACAAUAUUACGUCAUCCAAUUCAAACCGAAAUACGCUAAUCAGGCUUACAGCGAAAUCAGCGGCAUCAUCACCAUGUACUAUUCUGUGAGAAAUUUGAGUCCUUACACCGAAUAUGAAAUGUACGUGAUUGCGGUUAAUAAUAUGGGACGGGGCUCUCCUAGCGCUCCUGCAAUAGUAACCACUGGAGAAACAGUACCACUUUUUUUGGAGGUGCCAAACCGGGAACUACUCCUCUAAACGUUCAAGUGCGGCCACUUAGCUCAAGCACGAUGGUUAUUCAAUGGGACGAACCGGAAACACCAAACGGACAAGUGACAGGCUACAAAAUCUACUACAGCACCGACUGCCAACUACCGAUCGCCCAAUGGGAAUCACAAAUGGUUGAUAAUAACCAGCUGACUACAAUCAGCGAGCUGACACCUCACACCAUUUAUACGAUACGAGUGCAGACUUUCACUUCCGUAGGUCCCGGACCUCUUAGUGCUCCGGUUCAUGCUAAAACUCAACAAGGUGUUCCUAGUCAACCGAGUAGCCUGCAGGCUACUAACAUCGGCGAGAGUUCGGUCACACUCCAGUGGAGCAAACCCACGCACUCCGGUGAAAGUAUCGUCAGCUAUGAGCUGUAUUGGAACGACACAUAUGCCAAAGAGAAGCAUAAUCGUAGAAUACCCAUCUCUGAAUCCUACAUAUUGACUGGACUGUAUCCGAACACGUUGUACUACGUAUGGCUGGCUGCGAGGUCCCAAAGGGGCGAGGGAGCUACUACGCCCCCUAUACCUGUCCGAACUAAGCAGUAUGUGCCGGGCGAACCACAGGACGUCAAAGUAACACCCAUCAAUUCGACCACAAUUAAAGUGAACUGGAAACCGCCGCAAAUCAUGGACCGUAACGGUAUUACUUUGGGUUAUCACGUGCACGUGCAAGAAGUUGAAGAUGAGAGUAACAGUUUCCUGAACGAACCAAUGCGUUUUAACGUGCUAGGUGACCAAACAUCAGAGCUUAAUAUUACUAGCCUUCAACCAGAUACGACCUAUUAUGUCCAAGUAGCCGCUUUAACUCGAAAAGGAGAUGCUGAUCGAAGUAAAUCUGUCGAAGUCAGAACGCCUGGAGGUGUACCCAACCGCCCUUCAUUAACCUUAAAAAUCAUUGAAAGAGAACUAGCAGUGACCAUUGAACUGAAAUGGUCUAGGCCAUCGAAAUCGUGCGGUGAACUUAGAAGCUAUCGCUUGAGAUACGGAGUUAAAGAUCAUCUGCUCAAAAAUGUUCAUUUAAAAGGUUCGGACACUAGCUACCGCAUCAACGACUUGGAACAAGGCGUAGAAUAUGAAUUCCGUGUUGCAGGCGUUAAUCACAUAGGCAUAGGACAGGAAUCAAUUAAAUACUUAAGCACCCCCAACGGUCCUCCCACAGGUCCGCCUACAAACAUAACCUAUCGCUUCCAAACCCCCGACGCAGUGUGCGUUACAUGGGAUCGACCCACGAGAGAGAACCGUAACGGUCAAAUAGUCAAAUACGACAUCAAAUUCCACAAAAAAUCGGAUGAAAAUAACGUAAUUUACCGCAAUAUCACCAAAACCAAGGCAGUGUUCACAAAUUUAGAAGAAAACACAGAGUAUGUAUUUCAUGUUAGAGCAUACACCAAUCAAGGAUCUGGUCCGAAUAGCGAAAAGCAAAUCAUACAAACCGAGAAAGAUAUCGGUAGAGCACCGAUGGCUAUCACAGCUAUGGCCACCUCAGAAUCCAGCGUAGAGGUUUGGUGGGAACCGGUGCCCUCUCGAAACAAAGUAAUCGGCUAUCGAAUAUUUUACACCAUGAUUGCUGUUGAGGACUUAGACGAGUGGCAACAAAAAACCGUGGGCCUCACCAACUCGGCCGAUUUAGUCAACUUGGAAAAAUACGCUGAAUACGCCAUUGCCGUUGCAGUCAGGACAAAAAGCGGCUUGGGAAGACUAUCGGAAAAAGACACCAUCAAAGUUAAACCGGAAGAUGUGCCCCUUAACCUGCGAGCCCGUGAAGUCACUACACAUUCAAUGACCUUAUCCUGGUCAGCCCCAAUCAGACUAAAUCCCAUCAAGUACAAAAUUUCGUUUGACGCCCUCAAAGAGUUUGUCGACUCACAAGGCAUAACGCAAACCCAAAACAUACCAAGGGUGGAAAAAGAUUUAAACCCCGAAGUCAAAUUGUAUACGAUAGACGAACUGAGUCCUUUUACAACGUACAAGGUUAACGUAAGCGCCGUGCCUAGCGACAAUUCAUAUCGUCCUCCCACCAAAAUCACUGUUACAACGCAAAUGGCUGCUCCACAGCCAAUGGUAAAGCCAGAUUUCUAUGGUGUGGUCAACGCGGAGAUUCAUGUAAUCCUACCUCAGGCCUCUGAGGAAUAUGGUCCUAUAAGCCACUAUUAUUUAGUGGUUGUACCAGAAGAUCAGUCAACCAAACAAAAGAAUCCGGAUCAGUUUUUAACCGACCAACUUUUGAAUAAUAUUGAGAGGGUACCACACAAUCCAACAGUGCCUUACAUAGCUGCCAAAUUUCCACAGAGGAGUAUUCCCUAUACAUUUCAUUUGGGGACCGGCGAUGAAAAGGAGGGGUUGAUGAAUUUCAAUUUAAAGCACGGCAAGAGAUAUAGGAUUUUCGUUAGAGCGGUUGUAGAUACUCCCCAGAAGCAUCUCUACACCAGCAGUCCAUUUUCCGAAUUUCUCUCCUUGGAUAUGCGUCCUCCCCCACCAGGUGAGCCUCCAGUUAGGCCCAACCCCAACGCUCCCACCGACAACGACGUAAAAGUAAGCUCGCACAGAAAAGAAGCUACCUAUCUUUGGGUUAUUGGUCCAGUGAUAGCCGCAGUCCUCUUAUGCUAUAUCCUAGUAAUUUUGUUCAUACUCCGUCGUAGAAGACAACCGUGCAAGGCUUCCGAUCAGGUGGCCAUCACCAAGCCUUCAAUUCCUGCCAUGAAAAGCAGCCUAGCUCCUAGUGACCCCGUGGAACAGAGACGAUUAAACUUCCAAACCCUAGCUAUGAUCUCGCACCCUCCUAUUCAUGUGUCGGACCUUGCCAUUCACAUCGAACGAUUGAAGGCCAACGACAAUCUCAAGUUCUCACAGGAAUACGAGAGUAUAGAGCCCGGUCAAACGUUUACGUGGGAGUUUUCCAAUAUGGACGUCAAUAAACCAAAGAAUAGAUACGCUAACGUAAUUUCCUAUGAUCAUAGUCGCGUGAUACUGCCCACUGAAGAUAAACAAAAAGGUUUCAAUUACAUUAAUGCCAAUUACUGUGAUGGUUACAGAAAGCACAACGCCUACGUAGCGACGCAAGGACCUCUACCGGAAACUUUUGCCGAUUUUUGGAGGAUGUGCUGGGAAUUGAAAUCGGCCACGGUGGUGAUGAUAACAAAGCUCGAGGAACGAACCAGGAUCAAGUGUGAUCAGUACUGGCCGACGAGAGGCACUGAACUCUACGGCUCGAUGUCCGUGACCAUAUCGGAUGUGCAAGAGCUGGCCACUUAUUGCAUACGAUCCUUCCAAAUACGGAAAAAGGGUUACUCGGAUACUAGGGAGGUGAAACAGUUCCAGUUUACCGCUUGGCCUGAACAUGGAGUUCCAGACCAUCCAGCUUCUUUCUUGCAAUUUCUGAGGCGGGUGCGCAGUUUGAAUUCGAUAGAAGCCGGACCGAUUUUGGUGCACUGCUCCGCGGGCGUGGGAAGGACGGGCUGUUUUAUCGUCAUCGACUCUAUGCUGGAACGGAUGAACCAUGAAAGGACUGUGGAUGUUUACGGCCAUGUUACUUGUCUUCGGGCCCAGAGGAAUUAUAUGGUGCAAACCGAGGACCAGUACAUGUUUAUUCACGAUUCGCUUUUGGAGGCUUUCAUUUGUGGUGCAACUGAGGUACCGACCCGAAACUUGUACCUCCACAUCCACAAACUGAUGCAGCUUCAACUGGGCGAGAAUAUCACCGGCUUGGAACACGAAUUUAAAAAGCUAAGCAACAUCAAGACUGUUUCUUCAUGUUUUGUCACUGCAAACUUACCUUGCAAUAAGCAUAAAAAUAGAUUAGUACAUAUCCUACCUUAUGACAGCACGCGGGUUUGUCUGCAACCGAUAAAAAAUAUGGAAGGAUCUGAUUAUAUAAACGGUAGCUUUAUCGAUGGCUAUAGGUAUCACAAAGCGUACAUUGCCACACAAGGCCCGUUAUCCGACACCACUAACGAUUUGUGGCGUAUGCUUUGGGAACAAAAUUCUACUAUCAUCGUAAUGCUGACUAAACUUAAGGAAAUGGGAAGAGAAAAGUGUCAUCAAUAUUGGCCGAGCGACCGAUCAGUCCAUUACGGAUUCUACGUCGUGGAUCCGAUAGCCGAAUACAAUAUGCCGCAGUAUAUUUUGCGAGAAGUUAAAGUUACGGACGCGCGGGACGGAUCUUCGAGAACGAUGCGUCAGUUCCAGUUUACUGAAUGGCCCGAACAAGGGGUACCCAAGUCCCGGGACGGUUUCAUUGAUUUUAUCGGACAGGUGCAUAAGACCAAGGAGCAGUUCGGACAAGAAGGACCUAUAACUGUGCAUUGCAGGUGAGGUUUUUCGAGUAGGCAGGAG